UUCUCGAUCGGAAGGGCUGGAGAUCUGGAGAUCCUUCCAUAACACGUAUUUCACUAUAUUUACCGUGUUACAAAUGGUUUUACACAUUCAAUAAAAAAUCAGAUGAAAGGCUGCAUGCAAGAGAAAUGUUUUCGUUUAAAAAUUGCGUGACAAUCUAUACUUGGACAUGAUCAAUGGCGUGUUCAGAACGCCCCAUCACAUGACUCGAGCACUUCUGGUGAUGCGUAUCAUUGAACAUGAAAAUUUAAUUACUUUUCUUUGUUUUUAUCCGGUAGACAGAGAAAUAUUGUUGGAAUUAUAAUUAAGGUUGUUUCGAUUCUUGCUAAUUAUGCCAACUUACACUUCUGCCCAACCAGAGCUGUUCACAAAUCCUCCGGAAAAGUCGAGCUCCGCGCAAAAGAAGGGACAACUCACUGAUGAGCAAGUUCAGCAGUAUUUCAGCGAGGGAUUCCUUUUAGUUCCAGAAUUCUUUGAAAAGAGUGAAUUGGAACCCAUCAUCACAGCUAUAUGUGAAUUAGUAGAUGGCCUGGCAGAAAAACUCUAUAGUGCAGGAAAAAUAAAGGAUAAGUACAAGAAUGCCACAUUUUUUGAUAGACUGAUAUUAAUUGAGAAGGAGUUCCCAGGGGCAGCAGUUCUGCUACAUAAGAAUGGAAUUAUGCCAAAAGCUUUUCAAGACUUAUGGAUGAAUGAAAGACUGCUGAAUGUCAUAGAACAGUUUAUUGGACCAGAAAUUGGUGGUCACCCUGUUUGGAACUUAAGGACAAAGACUCCUAAAAACUCCCAAGUAACAGUUCCAUGGCAUCAAGAUUCUGCUUACCUGACAUCAGCAGCCUGUGAAGUUCUUCAACCCACAGCAUGGAUUCCACUGUUAGAUACCAACAGGACAAAUGGUUGUAUGCAGGUAGCACGUGGAGGUCAUAGAAAAGGUAUCUUAGCAACGCACACAUGUUGUGCAGGAGGUACAUGGUACGUGGACCUUGCAGAAGAAGAAAUGAGAAAUACUCUAGAUGUGGACUUUGAAAAAGACAUCGUUCUUUGUGAAGUUCCAUUUGGUGGUGUUUUGUUUAUCAACAAUCUAGUUCCUCACAGGAGUUUAGAAAACAUCUCAGACAAAAUUCGUUGGAGUUUGGACCUCAGAUGGCAAAGACCUGACAAGCCGAAUGGCUUUUAUGGACUCAAGGAAAACAUACUUCUGCGUACCUCAAAGGACCCAAACUACACGGUGGACUGGACCGAGUUUGCGUCUUGUGACAGGACUGAGUUACAACGAGGUCAUCAGGACGUGAAAACGAAAUUUGAAAAGGAAGAAAUCAAAUUGAAACCCGAGGAAGAUCCUGAAUUUGACACAACUAUUAUUGGUCCCUGGAUGGGCCAGUGGGAGAUAGUGCAUCAUAACAAACACACUAUUAAAUACAAGGACCCGGGAGAUAACGAAGAAUCAUGGUCCAAUUAUCAAUCAACAUGGACCAAAGCAUAAGUUAAUACCAUCAAUGGAUGGAUCACAGUUAUAACAUAAUUGAUUAAGCAACUUCCCAUCAAAGUCCCUAAAUCAAGAUUUGAUCCUAUAAUGAAGUAAUAUUCCAGAUCAAUUUCAAAUAGAGAUGAAUUUUGAGGCGAAACGAAAUUCCCAUUAUUUGAAAAACGGCUGAUAUUGAGAAAAUCACAACACGAAAUUACUGUUACGUAGAUGAUAAAAUUGUCUUUUCAGAGAAGCAGUUCGAUGGAAGAAUGAAAGAAAAUGGAGAGCCUUGUCUCCUUUUCAAUGUCAAAUCGAACGAUUUUAGUGAUGAAAUCAAUCUAAAAAGAUACAAAUAAAGUCGAAUAUUUUCUAGCUAACCUGUGAAAGAAAUCAGAAAGAAAACUGGCAGGUGUAGGUCUAUAAAU